CCUUCCCGGCUUUCUGCUCUUCUUCCUGUCUGGCCACUUCGCCGCUGGGGGACGGCCGCCGCCUCCGCGUCUCCACCUCCAGCUCCGGUCCUUCCCCUCUCGCCGCUGGGCGGGUGUCCGGCACAGUUGGCCUGCCUCCCGCAAAGAUCAUGUCAAGAGCCUUAGCGCGCCGCCCGGUGCCUCCUUUACUGAGGCUGCGCUCCACCGUGUGCGACGACGGCUACUGGAUGGGCAGAUUGGACCACAAGGACUGGCUCGCCCCAAACGAGGUGCUCAAGAUAUUUGCCAACAUCAGGGACCCUAGCCUGAUAACCAGUGUGUUCAAUAAAGCAUGCAACCGAAGAGACUACAAGCCCAGUGAGGCGCUCUACAGCUUGAUGAUUGACAAGCUGGCCUGCGCCAGGAGGUUCAGUGAUGUAGAGGAGUUGCUGGCCAGGGCAAGGACUGAAAAGUUCAGGUUUUCUGACGAGUUCUUCUACAGGCUGAUCAAGAUGUACGGCAAUGUGGCAGAACACCCUCAGAAAGCCAUCGACACGCUCUUUGCGAUGCCUGUGUAUAACUGUUGGCCUUCUACAAAGACAUUCAAUUAUGUUCUUCACAUGCUUGUGUGUAAGCGGCAGUACGAGGUUGUCCAUGAGAUCUACUCGAGUUCUCCCAAGCUUGGGGUGACGUUGGACACAUGCUCCUUCAAUAUUCUUGUCAAGGGUUUGUGCCAAUUUGGUAAAUUUGAUGAGGCAAUCUCUUUGCUGCAUGAGAUGCCAAAGCAGGGGUGCCGGCCUAAUGUGACGACCUACUCAACUUUGGUGCAUUUCCUUUGUCAGCGCUGUCAAGUUGAUAAAGCAUUUGAGCUGUUUGAGAGAAUGCAGAAGCAGGAUAUUGCCGCUGAUACAGUUGUGUACAAUAUUUUGAUCUCUGGUCUCUGCAAGGAGGAAAGAGUGACUGAGGCCUUCGGUCUGUUCAAAUCAAUGACGUCUAAAGGGUGCUAUCCUAAUUCAGGGACUUAUCAGGUUCUUCUUGAUGGUCUUAUCAGUUCAGGAAAGUUCGUGGAGGCCAAGAAUAUAGUUAGCAUCAUGAGUAGAGAAGGCGUGAGGCCUAGUUUCCAAUCCUACAAGCUGCUGAUUGAUGGCCUAUGUUGUGAUGACUGCUUAGACGAUGCACACCUUGUCUUGAAGCAAAUGGUGGGCCAAGGUUUUGUUCCUCGAAUGGGCACUUGGACAAAACUUCUCACAUCCAUGUGCUAAUAUUUGUUUUCGUGUUGUUGGCGUUUUUAUUGACCUAAGAAGACAACUAAAUGGAGAACUUCAAAUUUCUCGAGACAUCUGAGUAGAGAACUUCAAGUUUUGUCAGAGGAACUGCAGGAUCAAUUCUGGCUUAGUUUCUGCAAGUUUUGCAUAUUGCAGCCAUAUUGGAAAGAGACAGUGAUAUCAGACAACCCCAAGUUAGUCUAUGAAUGCUGCGAUAAGAACUAGUACAUGAUUAUAGUUUGGUGUUAGCUUUCACAGAUGUUAAUAUUAAAUGUAUAUUUGGUUGAUGCAAUGCUGACAAAAAACCUGAUCAAUUUUGUAGGUUUGUAUCUUCAAAUUAAAUACUUUAGAUGGAGAAUUACAUAACUAACUGUUCAAUAGUCUAAGGUUGAAAUGUGAUGUAUCAAUCUGAAAAUGUACAUCUGUGAAUUUGCAGGUGAUUUAUGCCAACAAUAUGAAGAUGCAUGCCAUGAGGUAGUCCUUUUGGGGCCUUUUACAUCCUUGAAGCACAACAGAGCAUCCUAAGUAGUUCUUUUCCUGGCUUUUCUGUUUCCUGUCCAGCUUUUAAGUAGUUGCAUUAUCUCUAUACUCCACUUGCUAUGUUAGCCUUGUACAGCAACUGUCCGUGGAUAAUUAUCUGGUAAUGGAACAUAGAGGGCCUUGUAAGGUUGCGAAAUGAAGAUUUUCAAACUAUUUGUCUCCUUGAUUUACUUAUUGCAAAUUUGCAAUUCUAUUUGCAGUUUUGAUGCGGUCAACAUGCAGCAGGGAAAGAAUCUAGUGAGUAAGGAAGCAGCUGCAUAGCCAGCAUAGGACAGCACUGUAGUAUCUCUAUUUGACAGAAAAAUCCUGUGCUAUGAAGCCGUAGAAGCAGCUGCAUAGCCAGCAUAGGACAGCACUUUGAUUUGGUGUGUAGCUCUUCGAAAAAGUUUGCAAUAUAUUCUCUGAGUAUAACAUGCAUAAUUUGCACUUGUUCUGUGCAGCCAAGCGUCAGAAUCUGGAUUCUUGUUUGAGUCGGGAUAAUAUUGCUGCAAAGGCUUCAUUCUCAAAUUACAGCCAGAAAAAUGGGACAAUUUAGAUGCCCAUAUAUAGAGCAACAGAAUUACUCUGGUUUGAGGGCAGACAUAUGUCUACCUAAUUUGUAUUCUUUAUGAGGAAGUUGUGGUAGUCUGGAACUGGAAGCACCAUCUCAAUAAGUAAUGGCUGACUAAUGUGUACAUAGUACUAGACAAUCAUGUGCAUAUGAAUUGGAUCAUGAAAGUUGUAUGUGCUUUCGACUAUCUUGUACUGGAAUAGAAGUGUAUUGCAAAGGACAUUUAUCAUGAUUGUUACAAUACUUCA